UAGCCGUCACACAUCCCUUCCCCACUAUAUUGGAUUGCGGAUGAUGUCUUGCUGAUAUCAACUUAAUUCGGUUUGUCGAGUGAUGCGUUUAACCAAUCAAGAUAAUACAAAACUAAAUCAAUCUUAAUUGUAUAUCUGUUUUGAAAAUUUAACAAAAACAAAAAGUGAUUGCCAUGUAACUUCGAUCGACGUCUAUCAUGUCUCCAAACAUCAAGCAGACUCGGAUACGUUGUUUACGAAUGCUUUCGACUAUGUUAUAAAAUUCACAAUGGCUACGGCUUCUAAUCAUUAUUCUCGAGUCAUCAGCGAAGAGUUGUUAUGUCCUGUCUGUCUGGAGGAACUCAAGGAGCCUAAGUUUUUAGCCUGUGCGCACAAUAUCUGCAAGGAGUGUCUUGAGAUGGUGGGAAGGAAUGGCAGGGAAGUCAGAUGUCCAGUGUGUCGGAGAAGCAUUGAUAUCCCUGAAGGUGGUGUGUCUUGUAUUCCCACUAACGCAGUCUUAGUUCGACUCAUUGAAGCUACACCAGGACGAAAAGAAAGGUUAGAAAUCCAACUGUCUCUCGAGAGGGCGAAACCAGUUGUAAGAACUAUGACAAUAAAGAUUUCCGACCUCGAUAAAGUAUUAACAGACUUGACUGUCAAUGUUGAUAAGGUCGAGAAGGAGAUUCAUGACAAAGCUGAUCAGUUAGUAGAGGCUAUCAGAAAACAAGAAACGAGUCUUUGUUCGGAAGUCGAAGAGUUUUAUGGCAGGAAACAAGACAUGAUAAACAAACAGAAGAGUACUCUCUUCAAGCUGCAUUCCAAUGCACUGAAUAGUGUUAACCUUGCGGAAGCUAUUCUCAAGCAGAACGAUGCUAUUGAGAUAGGUGAGAUUACAACUGCUCUUGUACAGCAAUUGGAUGAAGUCAGUCUGUUAAAUCUAGAAGAACCAGCAGAUACAUCCACAUACGAUGAAAGACUUGUAUUUUCCAUGAAUACAGAAGCUACUUGUGAAAAGAUUCUUGAAAAUAAAAAAUUUGGUAAAGUUAGUAAAAACUUCCUCAAGGCUCAAUCAAGACCUUCCUCGACGGUAUCAAGUAUAGAUUGGUCCCAAUCAGGUCAAGUAUUACACAAACUUGGCCACAAGGGAAGUAAAAAGGGCUCCUUUAAGGGUCCAGCUGGGGUGUCUACAAAUGAAUUUGAAGAAAUUGCAGUCAGUGACUUUUUUAACAAUCGCAUACAAGUUUUUGACUCAAGACUGAAGUUCCAAUUUGAGUUUGGGAAGAAAGGUAUUGACAAUGGUCAAUUCCAGGGCCCAACUGGAGUUGUUUACACCUCCUAUAAUAAUAUAAUAGUGUUUGACAGCAAGAAUAGUAGAGUUCAAAUAUUCAACAGAAAUGGUGAAUUUGUGAGUAAGUUUGGCCAACAAGGAAGUGGUCCAGGUGAUUUUGGUCAAAGUGGGACACUCUCCGUUGAUAAAUCAGGGGACAUUAUUGUAACCGAUUCUGAUAACAAUAGAGUACAGGUGUUUUCUAACAAUGGAGUAUUCAAGUUCCAGUUUGGUGGCAGAGGUACCGAGGGAUUUGAUAACCCUUUGGAUACCAUUGCCAUUGACAAUGAGUAUUUCACAACAGACAGUGGUAAUUACUGCAUCAAAGUGUUUAACGCCGAGGGUCAAUAUGUCAGGCAGUUUGGUCGGCAAGGUGCUGGUGCUGGUGCAUUUCAGUGUCCAAGGGGAUUGGCUGUUGAUUAUAUUAAUGAGCUCAUUCUUGUCUGUGACAGUGAAAAUCACAGUGUUCAUAUACUUAAGCCUGAUGGAAGUUGUCUAGGCAAGUUCCCUACUAAAAAGAUUCCAGUGGCACUAGCAAUAUUCCAGAAGUACUACCUUCUAGUUUGUUCAUAUCACAGUAAUCGUGUUCAACUGAUCUCCUACGCUUGAUUAAUGAGUUAUUUUUAUGCAGAUUAAAAAACAUAAUAAGUCCUGCAUUUUUGAGGCAUUAUGAAGAUGUUAAUCUAAAGGAAAAAUAUUUUGCAUAUUUUUUAAUUGAUAUUUGCAGUGAUUUUUAGAACUCUUAAUUUAGAGGUAAAAAUUUAUAUUUAGUAUAAUAUGUGCUUACCUUGGGGAUAUCCUGGGGGUAAUUUAGUUUUGUGUGAUGUUUUAACGACCUUCAGUGAUAGUCUAUGAAAUGAUGCAUGGAAAAUGUGAAAAAUCACAAAAGAGAAGUCACAGCUAAAAAGACAUCACACAAGUUAUUUAAUAGAUAAUUACUGAGGCAUGCAGCAUUCGUAGGUAUAAUUAUUGAUCUUAUCAAAAUCCAAUUGUUUUCUUUGUAGCUUGUGUAUCAUAGAAACAAAGCCAAUAAUGAAUGAACUAAAUAUGUCUGAUUUUCCUCUAUGCAUUCGUUGGGAUAAUGCAGACUGAAAACAAUGGAUUUUGAUAAGAUCAGUAAUUAUUACAGUGUGAAUUGCAAAACCGAGGGCACCUAGAAAUAUUUCAAGAAUGUUCAAUAGCCAAUCAAAACCAUUUUUCAUUAUUAUCUUGUAGAUAGAAAGUCAAUUCUGAUUGAGCAAAGAAUAGAACAUUCCUGGAAUAUUUCUAGGUGCCCACGGUUUUUCGAUUCACUGUAAAAGUCUAUUAGUGUAAUAUUGAGACAUUCGUCACUGCUUUACUUCAAGCUAACAAAGCCAUAUUAUUGUUAUCUACUCUUUAGUUCUUGCUGUUAGCAUUUUUUGUCUAUAAGAUGUAUACCCACUUUUCCUAUUGGUCUUGAUAUGCCUUGUUUUACAGCGUUUGGCUUAAUUAGCUUCCUUUUUGAAACAUUGUAUUCGUACACUUGGAUAGUUUAAGAUAAAAACGCAAAAGAAUCAUUCUCACAAUAUGAUUUUUAUAUUUUUGCAUAAUUUUAUACUUUAUCUUAAGGUUUUUAAGUACAUAUCUAGUGCAGAUAAAAUUAUAUAAAAAUAAAAUUAAAACAAAAACAUAUCAUAUACAUUAUAUAAAUGCAUAUUAACAUAUCAUACUUUUACAUAUACAUAUUCAGACAAGACAUAGACAACUCCAGACAUCUGUGAGUUCUUGGCUACCAUUCUCUGUCUGUUUUAUAUUUAUUUUGCUAGUAAUUAAGUAUGAAGGCUGAAAAAUGUAUGUCAUGUGUCAAAUUGCCCAAAAUAACUCACAUGACGGCUUGAAAACUUUGCAUGUAACAAGAAAAUGGUCCAGGUUUUUAGGGAAAAGCAUUUUAGUACAAACAUUAGAAAAGCUUGCCAAAACCACAAUUGUUACACAGAUGAUAUAAUUGAGGUCUGCCAGUGCACCUUACAGGCAAUACAAAGAUAGCUCAGCUGCUAAAAUAUUAUAUAUUCCUUUAGUUUCUUCUUUUUGAAUUGUUUAGUUAUUAGUAUUUUUAAAUGGAGUACUCAAUUCAGCCUUUUAGACUGUGGUGUAUUUUAACAAAAAGACAUAAAAGAAUAAAUGUAUGAUGUCUGCUAAGA